UCCAUCACUCCACUAUACUUACUUUAAUUACUCUUCUUUUUGUUGUUAUUUCCUUACCGUUACAUAUUUGCCUCACCAUCUCUUUUUUCACCCUUUCACUUAUUCUCCAACCCAAAAAAAGUAAAUCAGGAUUCAGCAAAAAUGAACUAGCUCAGAAAUAGUAGCUAGCUAAGUACUAUAGUAGGUAUGGCAGGAAAGAAGAAGAAGAGGCAAGAAACUGUGUCGUUGUCGUCAUCGUCAUCGUUGAGGUCAUCUUCCUAUCGCCGAGACUCCGGUUCUCCGGCGACCUCGACUGCCCAUCAAAACAACCAUGUUAAAACAGUCCAUGUUGGGUGUAUGUCCGGGAUUUUCCACCUCAUGUCCAAAUAUCAUACUCGCCGGAAAUUCCUCACUUUUGGUAAAAAACAAGAACGUAAUGCAUCGCCACCACAAGAAAAAAUCCCACCAUCAAAACCACAUGAGCAGGGCUCGUCGGUGGGGAUAUUAUCUAACGAUCAGGCGCCAAGAAGCCCGGCGAUCACGGCGAAAAUCCGGUAUUCAUCCAUGGACGGCAUGACGAACUCUCCGAGAGUGGUGGCGCGUUUGAUGGGGCUCGAUGAUUUUCCGGUGAGUUCCCCGGUGCCGGCGAGGGCGGUGUUGCCGGGGUCAGAGAAGAGGAGGAAGCUGUUGGGGGCGUUGGAGAAAUGUGACGAGGACUUGCAGGCGUUAAAAAAGAUCAUCGAGGCAGUGCGUGCUACCCAAACGCCGCCACGAGUGGUGGAGAUGAGGAGAAGAGAAGAGGUGGGGGAGGUUGAAAGUGAGGUGGGGAGUGAUGAACCGAGUCCCGUAUCCGUGUUAGAUCAUCAUCAUUUGUCCAAUGCUUAUUACCGGAGAACCCCAAAGGAGCAAAUUAUGCAACAACAGAAGCCAAAGCAAAAGUACGUACAACAAAUAACAAGGAAAAAGCCAGGGAAUCAUGAAGACAAAGCCAUGAGCAGUUUCCUAAACAAACCCUCAUUAUCAGUUAUGGUUACUACUACACCAAAACCAUUACAUCUUCCUGAAAGAACUACUCAUCAGCAGCUGCUCAGCGCCGCUGCUACGACAGUAACAACCGCGGCACCAUGGAGUACGGCGAUGAAAGAGAGCGUGAUCGAGGUUUGUAGGGACAUCGAACGAGGACAAAGACAAGAGGUUGGAAGAAUUGCAUUGCUUCUUCAAGAUUUAAUUGUUAGAGAAUUGAUUGAGGAGAUUAUCAAAGAGUUGGGUUCAUCUUGUUUUCAUGUUUAUAGGACUUCAUCUUUUGUCUUCCCUUUCGAAGCAUGCAAGAGACACCUAACUUUCUAGGGGGUUUGUAAUAUUAAUUGGAUUUGUUCGUCCAUUGUAUUAUUAAACAUCUUAGUUUACUCCAAUUUACUUGAUAAUUUUGAUAUAUAUAUACUUCGUAUUUCAUAUAAA